AUGUGUGGCGCGCUGCUGCUCGCGCUGCUGGCGGCGGCGCGGGCCGGCGAGCCCAACGCGACGGACCUGGCCACCGAGCAGACUGACCUGGAAGAAAAGACACCGCUCUUCCCUCCCGAUAUAUUCACUGAGGAACAGCGGAGAUCCGGCGCGGUGGUGUUCCACGUGAUCGGCAUGGGGUACAUGUUCGUGGCGCUGGCGAUAGUCUGCGACGAGUUCUUCGUGCCGGCGCUGGACGUGAUCAUAGAGCGGCUGGCCAUCAGGGACGACGUGGCGGGCGCGACCUUCAUGGCGGCGGGCGGCUCGGCGCCCGAGCUGUUCACCUCCAUCAUCGGAGUGUUCGUGUCCUUCGACGACGUGGGCAUCGGGACCAUCGUGGGCUCGGCCGUGUUCAACAUCCUGUUCGUGAUCGGAGCGUGCGCCCUGUUCUCGCGCACCACCCUGUCCCUCACCUGGUGGCCGCUGUUCCGUGACUGCACGUUCUACUCCAUCAGCCUGCUGGUGUUGAUAUACUGUUUUCGUGACAACGUGAUAUAUUGGCAGGAGGCUCUGGUGCUGUUCUCGUUGUACGGCGCGUACGUGCUGUUCAUGAGGUGGAACCAGCCGGUGGAGAGGGCUCUCAAGAAGCUGAUAUACAAAAACAAGGUGACUCGCGUGAGGAGUACGGACCAACUGAUGCCGACGCACCAGUCAGCCGCCCAAGCUUUGCAUGGGAAUGCGACUACAUCGAGUGAGACGUCUGUGGGCACGAACACAGCCACAGUAACAGCUACUCCUGGACCCAGCAAGGCCCCACCACCUGCAGCUAAAUUCAGACAUGGUCUCCUGCAACUCAUGAUACAUACUAUCGACCCGAUGCACGACGGUGAGUUAGGGAAAGUGGAUGAAAAAGCUACCCAGCUUCACGCGAUCGCUUCUCUGAAAGUGCUGCUCGAAGCGACGCGGCCGACUGCCGGCGGUGCUGGGGCAGCAGCAGCGAAGCAUUCAGCAGCAGUAGCAGCAGCCAAGGAGACGACCCUUGACCUUCCCAACGGAGGACUAGCGGACGUACAAUUAGAUGCUAUAGAGGAGAUCGGAGACCUGGAAGAGGACACGACUCCCCUGGACAUGUCCUGGCCGUCUGGCUUCAGGAAGCGAGUGACGUACUUGUUGGUCGCACCCAUUGUCUUCCCACUAUGGAUCACUCUCCCGGACACAAGGACACCGAGAGGGAAGAAAUUGUUUCCUAUAACAUUUAUAGGAUCAAUUGUUUGGAUAGCGUUUUUUUCCUACCUCAUGGUGUGGUGGGCUAAUUUGGUGGGGGCGACGGCGUACGUCCCUCCUGAGGUGAUGGGCCUCACGCUGCUAGCCGCUGGGACCUCGGUGCCGGACUUAAUAACGUCGGUGAUAGUCGCGAGGAAAGGUUUCGGUGACAUGGCUGUGUCGAGCUCUGUGGGCAGUAAUAUAUUUGAUGUCACCGUCGGCCUGCCGCUGCCGUGGUUGUUGUACGGCAUCAUCAACGGCGAGCCGGUGCAAGUUAACUCUAAGGGUAUGGUGUGCAGCAUAGUGCUGCUGUUCGCGAUGCUGAUCUUCGUCAUCAUCAGCAUAGCCUGCUUCAGAUGGAAGAUGAACAGAGGUCUCGGUUUCACAAUGUUUCUGCUGUACUUCGUGUUCGUUGCCGUCAGUUUAGGUCUAGAGUACGGUUAUCUGCAUUGUCCCAGCGAGUAA